CCAUUCCAAAGUGCUGGCAGCAACAGCCCAUCUCAGUUGCCAGCAGUUGGGUUCACCGCCGCAAAAAUGAAUGAGAUGUGCUCAUUUACGGGUGGCAAUCGCCAUCACACCGACAAUGUUCUCAAUCUGAAUUUCAGAUUCCAAGAUUUGGAUAUGAUCGCAAGUAUAGUGGCUAAAGAACAAGCGAUGCUGAAAGUGAAUUCUGCGGCUCGAGUCGAUCAGAAUUCUUUAGCGAAUUUAGCGUUGCCACAUCGACAUCCUCAGGUUAUAGUUAAUGGGUCAAAAUUGCGCUCACUCUUAGGUCAUCAGCAACCUGAGACUGUUGAAGACAAUGUUGAGGUGGUUGUGGUUGAAAUUCUGGCCUGA